AUGAGUGCAGAGUGCACGAGCUACUACAGCCCAGAUAAUGUGUUUGUGAAUGGUUCUUCUUGUCCUAAAGCGGGGGGCGAUGCGCGCGCGGCGUUCUGCUGUGGAUGUAACGAUAUCAAGUAUUGCUGUAAUGAUCCCAACAGCUUUUUCCCUUACGAGUAUGGAUACAUGUGGUGGCUCAGUGUUGGGGCUCUGAUAGGUCUGUCCAUAGCAGCGGUGGUCCUACUGGCCUUCCUCAUCACCGUAUUUGUUCUCUGCUACCUCUUCAUCGCCACAAAGCCCAGUCGCCUUGACAAUAGCCUGCCGCUACGAGCACGAGGGUUGGACCCCAGUGAGGACCCCAGUCACUCCGGCCCGGCCCAGCCCACCGGCCUCCAGGGCUUCCCGAUGCACUUCCUCAGCAGGAAGCUGGACUGUGACAACCAGCCGCCCAACCCCGAGAGACUGUUCCAGCGGGGCUUCAUGGCCACCGUCAAUAUGGAGGGCCCUUCAUAG